GCUAGUUGCGUUUUUAUAUCCCUGUUUCUUCGUUCUUCGGGAUUUGCAGAGGGGUAGUAGAGAGGAGUCAAAUUUUGCGUGAAGCCGAGGUAGUAGGCGACCUGUUGCAUCACUUCUCCUACAAACUGUGGCCCAUUGUCGCUGAUGAUUUUGCGGGGCGUCCCAUAGCGGCGUAUUACCUCAUUUAUGAGACACUUGGCACAUGCUUCGGCGGUUGCUUUUUGUAGUGGAAAUAGUUCAAUCCAUCUGCUAGCUGUAUCUUCAAUAGCCAGAACCCAUCUUUCCUGAGCAGGGGUCGCUGGAAGAGGGCCGAAAAGAUCCAUAGCUAGUACUUCGAAUCGCUGUGCCAUAACGGGCGUUUGCAGAAGUCCCGCAGGUUUUAAAUUGCUGCAUUUAUAUUUUUGGCAUUCUGCGCAAUUUUGGACGUGUCGCCUCACAUCACGUCGCAAUGUGGACCAGUAAUACCUGCGAUUUACCUUUUCAAUAGUUCGCUCGACACCUGGAUGACCUGCAAUAGGUGAAUUAUGAAAUUCGGUCAUAACGUCUGGUACCUGCUGCUUUGGGACUACAAGCUGUGGCACUUCGCUAUCAACGUCCGGGGAAUAUCUAUACAAAAUACCGUUGGACAACAUAUAACCGCGACCCAACCAGCGACACACAGUCUCUUCAUUGUUGGUUUCGAGGUCAUUAAUUAUUGCCACCAACUCUUCGUCCUUGAGUUGUUCAUCCCGUAGCUCUCUGGUCGAAACUGAGGGAAAACUGAUCUCUACGGAACAAACCUUGAUGUCGGUGGGAUCACCAACUAUAUCCGUCACUGGGGGACGCGACAAUAGGCGUUUACGAUUGUUCAACCUCAGUUCCUGACCCCAACCCGGGAGUCACGUGAUUGGGUAACAGAGGUUUCAACCCAGUUCUUGUAAUAAACGAAUGCACUGAUUUCACGGUUUCUUCCUAGGUGGCAGACUUUAACAGUAGUAGGGAUUUUUUGUAGUAGGUUUGUAGCUGUCAUAACAGCCAUAACAUAACCUCUUUAGAUUUACGAACAAAUGUUGGGUUAUUUUUUUUUUGUUCAUAAUUGUAAAUGGGUACUACCGUUGAAAGGAGACGCAAACUAAGAUGUCUGAUAAGGGCAAGUAUGGCCAUUAUCAGUGCGUUAAAUGAUAGCGACUCUGAAGAUGAUGUGCUGGUGUUAAAAAUGUUAUCAAAUGUAUUAAAGCCUCCACGUCGAAAGAGAAAUUGCAUAACCACCUUUAUGCAAACGGUUAGCAUGUACAGACCUGAUGAAUUUCGUUCCCAUUUUCGCAUGUAUCGUGAAACGUUUCAUGGGAUAGUGGAACUGCUUGCUCCGAAAAUAGUGAACGUUGAACAGUUUGGCCCUGGCCGCCCUCAUAUAAAUGUUGAAAAGCAAGUACUUGUGUUUUUAUGGUUCAUGGCGAACCAGGAAGUUUUUAGGUCCAUUGCAGAUCGUUUUGAUCUUUCCAAAUCAACUUGUUGGGAUAGCGUGCAUAAAAUUGCAUCAAUAUUAUGUCAAAUUUCUAAAGAUCAUAUUGUUUGGCCAACAGAAAGGCAACUGAAUGAAACCAUUCAGGGUUUUCAAUUACGGGGCAAUUUUCCGGGCGUUGUUGGUGCGAUCGAUGGGUGUCAUUUUAGAAUAUCAACUCCAGUAUUUGAGCACACAUCCUAUAUUAAUAGAAAUAAAUACCACUCCCUACAUUUACAGGGAGUUUGUAAUUCCAAAUACCUCUUUAUCGACUGCUUUGUUGGGUAUCCGGGAAGUGUACAUGAUGCACGAGUGUUCAAUAACUCCCCAGUUUUGCAAAUGGUUCAAUGUGAAGCCCGUUUUCCUCAAACAGUGCAUUUAUUAGGGGAUUCAGCAUACCCAAAUAGGACAUAUAUAUUAACACCAUUUAAAGAUAAUGGGCAUUUAACAGCUCCUCAGAAAAACUACAACAGAAUUCAUUCCAAGACGAGAUGUGCCAUUGAACAGACCUUUGGUUUACUGAAAGGACGCUUUAGAAUUUUGCGUUCCAUAAAUAAGGUGAGAACUGACUUGGUUCCAACAAUCAUAUUAGCUGGUUGUGUUUUACACAACAUUGCUAUGCGGAUGGGGGAUGAUGACAUAGAGGUGUUCGAGGAGGAUGAGAAUAUUGCAGAAGAAGUGGAAGGUAUUCCUGAACAGCAAGGGAACCAGAAGCGUGAACACAUUGUAAAUUUAUUAUAUUAUGAUAAUUUUAACUAA